UCUCCAGAACGCUGUUUGAUUCGGGUAACAAAUGCUUCGGGGAACCUUGUUCAUGGGCUCACAGGAGCAAUUAGGGCUGAUUUCAUUCAGCUGUCUGAUGCUGGGCUGUCUCAAAUACAGCACCUCAAUAUGGACCGGCAUGCAACAGCAGAGAGGUAUUCAAUUCAAGUCUUUAGGUGCAAAUCUCAAAUUUUCGUGCCGGUGAACACGUGCAAUCUAUGAACGAGGAACUUUUGGAACAGACAAGAAAUUUGUGAUAUUCUGUUUACAGAUCGUACAGUGCUACAGAGUUGGAUGAAGUGGUGGUUUCUGCUUUGCUCUUUUAGGAUUGCAUGCAUGCAGGAGAGACGCCCUAUUAUUGAGUUCCCGUGAGAUUUGAGCACCAAAAGUUCUGUGUUUGCAAGCAUAUGCAUCUGUACGACUGAGCAACAAAACACCCUAAACGACGCUGAUGCGAGACAGGGUGAAGAAAAAUGAGGAUAUGCUUGAGAGGGGCUAGUCCGUCAUGAGAUCAUGAGGUGACACUGGUCCAUUAAGUUCAAAGUGUUUCUGGCAGGC